AUGGAUGGUCCCACUUCCAAGCUAAAAAAGGUCAAGGCAUGGAAAUCCAAGGGCAAGGCUUUCCGGCAAGCAGAUCCCCUCCUUGCCGUGUUGCAGUGGGGUGUCGAUCACACGAUGACGCAACUUGAAUACGUCCCAGUCAAAGAGUUAAUUUUGGUCGAAGAUUUCAAAGCUCAUAGCAAGAUUGCCGUCGCCAAUCACCUCUACAACGAUCACGAGCUGCCAAGCAAGUUCAAGGUGAAAGAGUACUGCCCUCUGGUCUUCCGCGAUCUUCGACGUCGUUUUCAAGAGGACAUGGACGACUAUUUGUACUCCUUGUGUGAAGGUCCAUUGGCCCCGCGCUCCUCCUCGGCUCGGACUGGGUCACAUUUUUACGUGUCGCACGAUCAGCGCCUGGUGCUCAAGUCGCUGUCCAAGGAGGAGGUUUUGCAGUUUCAUCACACUUUUCAAGCCUAUCACUCGCAUAUCGUUGAGUUGGGGUGCCGCACGCUGUUGCCCCGCUAUCUCGGGAUGUAUCGCAUCACCGUGCACGACAGGGACUCUUACGUUGUCAUCAUGAACAGCGUCCUCAGCGCCCAAACCGAUGCACCCCCCCAGCUCUACGAUCUCAAGGGUUCGACCUUUGAGCGCCAUGCCACAGAAAAGGAUCUGGAACAAGACGUACCGGUCCUGAAGGAUGGGGAUUUUCUUCAGCGCAGUAUGAGGCUGGAACUCGGCACACAUCGCGCUGACUUUUGCGACCGCCUAGCUCAUGAUGUCAGAAUGCUGGAGCACCUCAAUCUGAUGGACUACUCCCUCCUGCUGGCGGUGUAUCGGCGAGCGGAUAUUGAGGAUGUGGACGCCUUCGUGCAGGAUGCGUACGCAUUGCCUUUGGCGUCGCCCGACCAGGAGUACUUGUACUGUGCUGGCAUCAUUGAUGUCUUGACCGUAUACAACCGCAAGAAAAAGGCGGCUCACGCGGCCAAAACGGCCAAGCACGGCAAGGCCGCUGAAUUUACCACGGUCAACCCAGAGCAAUACGCCCAUCGCUUUCUUGAGUUCUUGACUGCUGCUGCGAAAUAA